AUGAAAAUUUGUGUACAAAAAAAUUUGCGUCCGGAACGCCAAGGUAAACGCCAAAAAUUUGGCGCACACCCAGUGUUAGCCCCCCCCCGAAAUCGACCCCCUGGCUACGCCCUUGAAGUUAGCGAAGUUCCAUUGGUUAUUGCGGACAAAAUUGAAUCGUUCACGAAAACAAAGGAAGCUGUUGGAUUUUUGCAACGAGCUAAUGUUUGGGCUGAUAUUGUAAAGGUUUACAAAUCCAAACGUUAUCGUGCUGGCAAAGGCAAGCGUCGUAAUCGUCGCUACAAACAAAAACUUGGCCCUCUAAUAAUUUACAACAACGACGGUGGAAUUGUUCGUGCUUUUCGCAAUAUUCCUGGAAUUACUCUUUUAUCUGUCAAACAUAUAAAUUUGUUAAAAAUUGCUCCAGGAGGACAUUUGGGACGUUUUACAAUUUGGACAGAAAGUGCUUUUCGUAAAUUGGAUUCAAUUUAUGGAACUUGGACACAAAAAUCUUGGGUUAAAAAAGGAUUUUCUCUUCCACAUGCAAAGAUGACAAAUUCUGAUUUUGCAAGAAUUAUUCGUUCUGAUGAAAUUACAAAAGUUGUGCGUCCUGUCCGCAAGCAAACGAAGGUUGCAAAAAUUCAUCGUAAUCCUUUGCGAAAACAUGGUUUAAUGGUCAAAUUAAAUCCGUAUGCGUCAGUUCUUCGUCGUGCGGCAAUUCUGGCUUCGAAAAAGGGAGAGGAGAAGAAAGCAAAAAUAUAG